AUGGACAUAGCCUCAGCCCCAGUGGGCUCCCUACAGCCCUGCUGUUGCCAGCUCCCUAAGAUGGGUGACACCUGGUCCCAGCUGCCCUGGCCUGGGCCCCCCCACCCAGCCAUGCUGCUGGUCUCCCUCCUCUUGGCAGCUGGGGUGAUGCGCUCGGACGCUGGCGCCAGCUGCCCCGUCCUUUGUACGUGCCAUAACCAGGUGGUGGACUGCAGCAGCCAGCGGCUCUUCUCCGUGCCCCCAGACCUACCGAUGGACACCCGCAACCUCAGCCUGGCCCACAACCGCAUCGCAACUGUGCCGCCCGGCUACCUCACGUGCUACAUGGAGCUCCGGGUUCUGGAUCUGCGCAACAACUCCUUGACGGAGCUGCCACCGGGCCUCUUCCUCCACGCCAAGCGCUUGGCCCACCUGGAUCUGAGCUACAACAACCUCAGCCACGUGCCCGCCGAUAUGUUCCAGGAAGCCCAUGGCCUGGUGCACAUCGACCUGAGCCACAACCCGUGGCUGCGCAGGGUGCACCCCCAGGCCUUCCAGGGCCUGGUGCAGCUCCGAGAUCUGGACCUCAGCUACGGGGGCCUGGCCUUCCUCAGCCUCGAGGCCCUUGAGGGCCUGCCGGGGCUGGUGACCCUGCAGAUCGGCGGCAACCCCUGGGUGUGUGGCUGUACCAUGGAGCCGCUGCUGAAGUGGCUACGGAACAGGAUCCAACGCUGCACGGCAGAUUCUCAGCUGGCUGAGUGCCGGGGCCCCCCUGAAGUUGAGGGCGCCCCACUCUUCUCCCUCACUGAGGAGAGCUUCAAGGCCUGCCACCUGACCCUGACCCUGGAUGAUUACCUCUUCAUCGCAUUUGUGGGCUUUGUGGUCUCCAUUGCCUCUGUGGCCACCAACUUCCUCCUGGGUAUCACAGCCAACUGCUGCCACCGUUGGAGCAAGGCCAGUGAAGAGGAAGAGAUUUGA